GUACUUCCUAGGAUAUACGUCUCGUGGAUGGCUUGGAGUAAAAAAAAAAUGCGCCCGCCUUUAGCCCACGCAGCCCACGUCACGUCACCAUUCAAAUAUUCAGAAUUCUAGAUCCAUACCACCCAUUAUCACAGCUGGUUCCAAGUUUCCACUGCCCACUUACACCAUUGACAGCGAAUCGUCAUCGAUUCCGGAACACUUUCUGCCGGAUUCCCUGUCAUGCCACGCCAUGCCACAUGUAACUUACUUCUUUCAUGACUCUCAAUAGUAAAUACAUAUGUACCUUAGGUAUAGCUGCAUACUGAGCUCAGCUCUCACUGAUUAAAUAAUCGUAAUAACUACGUACCUCACCUUACACUCAACAAAUAAGAAACAAUGCCAGCAAUAGGGAUUGGGUUCGUUCCCAUUGUCCACAUCGUGGCCGCGAUAUUCGCUAUAAUCGAACUAGGCCUGACAGCAUACCUGGCUAGUGGAUACAACAGCUGGUUCGGUUUCGGAGGAUACUCACCAUCUCGUAUCAAUUUUAUGAUAUUCAAUUCCGUCUGGUCGCUAUUAGUUUUAAUCUACGUGGGCCUAACACCAUUAUACCUAACGAGCGUAUUCCACCGCCUAGCCGCGCUCGCCCUCAACGCCGUAACCACAAUAUUCUGGUUUGCCGGUGCCAUCGCUCUCGCCGUCUUCGUGGGGGGACCUUACGAAUGUGGCAGCAAUUCCUAUUGUGGCUCCGCCGAGGCUGCUGUCGCCUUUGGGUUCUUCCUAUGGGCUCUCUUUACAUUCCUUACCGUCAUCGACGCCCUCGAUUCUCUGCGCAGUCGCCGCCACAAUGUUGGCCCCGCCGCUAAGCCGAACGCUUACCCUGGUGCUUAAGCCCCCAAAGUCGAAGUGGCCGACAACGAUAUUAUCUUGAUUAAAAAUUAUAUAUAAAAAAAAAAAAAUUACCUUGCGACCUUCGCCAGAAUGACGGCUUAAUCUUGUUUUCGUCCUUGGUAUUUUACCGCCGGGUUUUUGGUUGAUGGGACUAUUGGCGUUAUAUGAGUUGAGGGUUGUGAAGAAGUAAUGUUGGUGAUAUACCCUUUUCAAAUACUGAUGAGUUAUUUGCUCAAUGAAAGGACUUACGGAUUUUAUGUCCGAUUCAGUCGCUAUGUUUUGCGUGUGCUGUGGUAAUUCGAAUUGAUGAAUAUCCAGACAUGCAUUCUAACAAAUUCAAUUUUCAAGACCGUUUAUAAUAACUACACGCCUGCCUAGGUAGCAAGAGGUAUUCAAAAAUAUUUUUUUAAUAAUCCA